CAUGAAAGCUACGUGUACAACAAUAAAUUUGCCCUCUAAGCACUUAAGAGAACCACCCCAUCACCACACAUACCAUCACCAAAUUAAAUAUUAAAUAAAAAAAAAUUAAGUGCGCAGAUUACAGACAUUUCACCCAUUUUAAUCUUUCAUUGCCCAAUUGUUGUUUUGUUUUGUCUUUUAUUUUUUCCUCUUUUUCCAUCCCUUCCAAUUAUCUCUUUCUUAAAGUAACCGAAGCCAUACGAACAUAGUUUUUUUUUUUAAGAAAAAAAAACAAAAAAAAGGGAGAUUUUUUACGUUUCUAAUUCUUUCCGCUUGCUUUUUUUUUUUUUUAAUUUAUAAAACCCGUUUGAUCUUUCUAAAGUUUCAUUUUGGAUCUUCUCUCAUUUCAAUCUCUUUUCCUCUCAGGAUGCUAAUUCAUCUAUGUUUUGGGGGACAAAUGCGGGAUUUUAUUUAAGCACAUGCUUAAAUGCAUCUGGUCUUCUUGUCAGCAUUGAAACAAGAUGGCAAAGCAGAGUUUUACCACUACAUUUGUAUUGCUGAUUAGGGCAUAACAUGAAGCACCGUUCCUGCUGAAAACUUGGAGUAUUUUUCAGCAUCUUAUACAUUAUAUUAGGGGGAACACAUUGUGCCUGAUGCAUAGGCAAAGGGGUGCAUUUCAUACCUUUUCUGAAACUAUUGACAUUGAUCAGGGAUCUGUUUCAGACAAUAUCGGUACAAGUCAGCAAACUUCUUUUGGUAACAUGCUAAAUCCAGUAGAUAGCAGAUUGUCAAAUAAUGCUGUAUCUUCUGGCGAUGUAUCAUGUUCAAAUGCUAUGACUCAUGAUAUCCAGAACUUCAGUGGCUGGAAUUCAGGUGAAUCUAGCUCAAGUUUAAGUCUGCAAAAUCAGCUGAAUGAUGAUGAGAUAAAAAUGGAAGAAAGGUGGUCUUCUUCAGUCAAUGCUUACCCUGCAGUUGGUCAAAGAUCAGAUGAAAGGCUAUUUGAAACAACUGAUAUCCUUUUUCCAGGUAGAGGCAAUAUGGGGAUCAGUGGCAAUCAGGUUAGGAGUGGACCUCUAUUCUUGCAGGGCUCCAGCUCUAAUCAUAUCCCACCAAAUGAAACUCCAAAUGCUGGUCAUAUUGGAGACACCAUUAAUGGCAGGCUUAUUACAGGAGCUGUCUUAGGCCUUAAUCGUCUCAACCCUGGUGGAUUAGAAAUAGAGUUGGCAUCAUCUUCUGGUGUUUCUUCUGAUGAUGUUGGCACUUCAUCUGGAAGUUCUGGUUGUAUAGUGGAGGAGACAAAUGGCGGUUCAGGAUCUUCUCUGGGGGGUUGGGGCUUAUCCUGCAAGAGAAAGGCCCUUGAAGGUACUUCUGGACAGUCUUUUCCUGGUGCAAGCUCAAGUUGCUUUCCACAAGCUGAAAACAGUGCAUGGCAUAAUGGCCCCAAUAAUCAUAAUGUUUCUAGCAGCUUAAGUUUAUCCACUCCCACUUGGAAUGCUCCUAGUGUUACUCCUCCUGAACAGUUGAACCCAAGAUUUGGUUAUGGAAUGAGAGCAGCACCUUCUGAUGCGUUUCCUUCAUCAAAUGUUAGUGGAAAUGCGGACACUCUGAGAAAUUUUGAUAGGAGGACAAGUCCAGGACUUCAACAGGAAUCUGCCGCUUUCAAUGUAUCAACAACAGGAGGUUCCAGGCGAUGGUCCUUGCAGCACCCUCCCAGACCUGUCUCAGUUAGUGACUAUCUGGAGUCAAGAUCACCAGAACCUGCAAAUUCAAAUGCUACUCAGGGCCAGCUUCAUGCCAUCAACCCAUCUGCUUUAUCUAGAAGCAUGCUUCGGUGGAAUGAUUUUUCAAGUUCAAGAGUUGGAAAUUCACCAAGUUCCCUCAUCCCUGGAGAGCUAGGUGCUACAUUAAGAGAAGAAACAAACUCAAGAAGAUUUCAGAGAAAUAAUGCAGAGCAUCCAAUGUUUGCACCUGCAACUGAAAUGAGAAGCAUGAUACAAGAUCCAACACGCUGGGGUUUGGCCACUGGGAACAUGAGCACCUCAGGUAGUGUUUCUUCUACCAGAAUUGGCCCCAGUUCAAGUGUCCGUCCGUUUCCCACUCCUCGAUGGAUUCAUCGCAACCCUACAACACAUAAUCAGCAAAGAUUCUCAGAAUUUUCUACUUGGUCUCUUUUCCCACCAAUGGACACAGAACCUGGAGGUCAUAGUGGUCAUUUCUCCCCAUUGUCUUCUGGUCCUUCUUCUUCUGCACAGGACACAGUGAUUUCUUCCGGAUCUAAUAGCCAGGGACAUAAUCCACCAUUUCCAAGGUCAGCACUUCUCAUGGAAGAACAAAGUGAUGACAUUCUUGGUAUGCCCCGUUCAUUGAGGGUUUUAGCUGCUGAUAUUGAAGGGAGACAUCGACUAAUAUCUGAGAUUCGUCAAGUGUUGAAUGCCAUGCGCAGGGGUGAAAACCUUCGAGUUGAGGAUUAUAUGCUUUUUGACCCGUUGAUCUAUCAUGGGAUGGCUGAAAUGCAUGAUCAGCAUAGGGAUAUGCGCCUCGAUGUUGAUAACAUGUCCUAUGAGGAAUUGUUGGCAUUGGAAGAACGCAUAGGAGACGUGAGCACUGGACUAAGUGGGGAAACCAUUUUGAAGUUAAUGAAACAGCAAAAGCAUGUGCCUGUUAGCACAGAAUCUCCAGCAGAGUUGGAGCCUUGCUGUAUCUGUCAGGAAGAGUAUGUGGACGGGGAUGAUAUGGGAAUAAUCGAUUGUGGACAUGACUUUCAUGCCAACUGCAUCAAACAGUGGCUAAUGCAGAAAAACCUUUGUCCCGUUUGUAAGAUGACAGCCCUAAUCACUUGAGAGGGAAGAUAUUGUCAGGUCCUGGGAAUUUUAUUUUCUUAAAAACAGACAAUCAUAUCCAAAAACUGGGUAGAUGAUAUCCUAUUUAUACACCUCGUUUGGUUUUAAACCCAUUUUAUUUGCUCAUGAACUGCAUAAUUUGAUGAGCCGAACAGCUGUAUGUUAUAAAUUGCACCAUGAGUGAUAAGAGGGUCUGUUCUCCACCUUCAAACUCAUGAGUACAUGAGAAAUAAAUUCUAUGACAUUAUCAUAGCUUUUAGCA